AUGUUGUUAUAGGUUUAAGUGUUUAAGUUUAGAUGCCCUACAUAGGCAGUAGUGGUGAAUUGGAGCAGGCCGGUCUUGUGCGGCUUGGCUCCGCCUCACGCAUGCGUACGUAUCGACGUAGGAUGAAAACGUAAUGACGCAACGCCAUUUUUUUUGUUAGCGUUCCGGUUAGCAGGGUGCUAACAGCCGCGCGGAGGCCGCGAGCGCAAAAAAAAAUAAACCUCUUUAUUUAUAAACCCUUAAACAGCGGGAACAGAACCGAGCCGAGAGCGCGAAGCUGAACCAGCGCGCUGCGGAACUGCAGAGGCCGGAGCGCGAGGAGCCGCGUAGGCGCGAGGGCCGGUGUGUGUGUGUGUCUGCGCGCGUGCGAGGCUGAGACAGAGAGUGAUACGGAGAGUGAGGCAGUGUGCAGGGGGUGUAUGUAGGGCGCAGCGACUGUGUGCCGGUGUGUGAUCAUGUACCCGGCAUGGAGCGGUUUCGGCGGGGCGCAGCAGCCGCCACAGCCGCCCUUCGGCCCCCGCGGCGGGCCGCCCCGCGCAGCGCCGCCCGGCGGCGGGUUCGGGGGGUUCGGCGGUUACGGGGCUCCGGCGGCUCCGGCCGCUCAGUCCAACUUCUCCAGCCUGCACGAGCAGCAUCUCCAGCAGAUGCAGCAGCUCCAGCAGCUGCACCAGCGCCAGCUGCAGUCCGUGCUGCACCACGGCUCUGCGGGGUUCGCCCCCGGCCCCGCGUCCGGACCCCCGCCCGGGCCCUGGCAGGGGAACGUCGGCGGAUUCCCCUCCGGACCCGGGAGCGGGAUGCAGGCCGAGGGCAAUGGAUUCAGCGACCCGACCCUCCCUCCACCUCCUCCGCAGGGCAGGGGUCCACCUGAACCCGCGAAACAGCCUGCCGGGGAGACCCCCCAGAAACCCAGCGAGCCGCCCCCGGAGCAGCCGCCGCAGCAACAGCAGCCGCCGCCACCGGAAAAGACCGACCUCUCCUCCAUGUCUCUACAGGAGCAGCAAGAGUACUGGUAUAAACAACACCUCCAGAACCUACAGAAGUUGAAGAAUGAAAAGGCAAGACAGAACCAGAGUGGAGGAGGUGGUCCGAAUGAACAUGCGCAUCCAGCUCCUCCUCCUCCAGCUGAACCUCCAAAGAAUGCACCUCCUCCACCUCCACCCAAAGAAGAGCCACCCCCACCUCCUCCACCCGAGGACAAGCCCGGUAGUGUGUCUGACACUGGAGACCCAGUCGAGGCAGCUCGUCUACAGCAGCUACAAGCAGCAGCAGCUCAGUGGCAGCACGUCCAGCAACAGAGAGCUGGGUACCAGUAUCAGGCAUUGAUGCAGGAACAUGCCCAACUGCAGCAGGUCCUGCAGCAGUACCAGCAGGUCAUUCAACAACCAGCACAUCUACAGACAAUGUCCUUAGACAUGCAGUUACAACACUAUGAGAUGCAACAGCAGCAGUUUACUCCAGUGAUGCAGGAAUGGGACAGACACUUCAAACUGUGGCUUGAGCAGUUUCAGGCAUAUCCCCACAAAGACCAGCUGCAUGAAUAUGAAGGCCAGUGGAGACAAUGGCAGGAGCAAAUGAACACAACUUCAGCACAUCUGCACGAGAGGGUCACUACACUAAGAACCAUGCAGCAACAGUAUAGUGUCAGUGACCCCUAUGGGGCUAUGAUGGGGCCAUAUGGACAGCCUAGGCCUCCUGGACCAGAGGCACACAUGCAGUUGCCUAGCCAGGUCGGCUCCACUAUGUCACCAAAUAAAAUGGAUUCCUCCUCUGGCCCCCGUCUUCAGGGACCGCAAAGCAUGCCAGGCUCAAGUGCACCAGAUUCAGGCCCCGAUGGAGGACCAGAGGGUCUUUCUGAACCAUACAACCCUGCUGGACCUCCUGGACCAAUGAUGAGACAACCUGGUCCUCAUGGGAGGUUUGAAGGGCCUAGAGGUCCAAGGUUUGAAGGACCUCGGGGCCCAAGAUUUGAACCACCACCACCACAACGGUUUGGUGGGCCUCCUAGAUUUGAUGCUGGUCAGCAGUUUGGAAGACCUCCAAGAGGUAAUCAGAUUCGACCAGGGCCUCCAGGAAGAUUUGAGGCUCCUCCAAGGCAGAGUCCACCCUCUCGCUUUGAAAGACCCCCUGGUCCACAUCCUGGGCAGCCUGCUCAACCUGUCCUUGGCUCCCAAAACAAGCCUGGGUCUUUAAAUCAAACUAAAUUGGAGCCAGCUAAACCUGCUGACACACAGGCACCCUCAUCAAAGAGUGGAAUAGCAGGCCACAACGAGAAUAAAACACCUCAAGAUAAAACUCAACAACCUAGUGUUGCCUCUUCUAAGCCUUUGUCUGAUGACGUAAUGGAUUCAAAUGAAGGUUUUUUCAUUCAGAGUGAUCCCAUUCCUCAAACUAGACCAGAUACAAAUAAGAAAGCUGAGGAACCUGCCAAACAGACUGCUAAAACUGAGGAAUUGUCAAAAGAUACUUCUAAAACACCUGUAUCAACAUCAUCUCCUGUUCCACCAAAACCACCCCUGAGUGUACCCAAUAAACCUCCACAAAAUUCAGGUUCAGAAAUGCAGAAACCUAAUAACUCUAGUAAUGGACCUCAACAACGACCAAAUCCCCCUCAACAAGGUCAGUUUAAACCUGAUAUGCCCAACGAGCCUCCUGGUCUCCCACAAGAGAUGAUGCAGCCUGGUCCUCCGCAUGCUAUGCGGGGAAGGGGCAGGGGACAGGGCCCUUUACCAAUGCGAGGAAGAGGUCUUUCGCGAGGUCGUGGUCAUUUUGGUGGACCAAUGGGUCCCCCUCCUGACCCCAAUUUCCAAGAAAAUGUUUCUUACGAUCAUGAACCGCAAAGUGAUGUGCCGGAAGAUUAUACUUGGGGAGACCAGGAACAACAUCAAUCGAUUGAUGGUCAAGGACCCAAUGACAUGUGGCAACCAGAAGACCAUCAUUUUCAAGACGAGUAUUAUGAAGAUGUUGAAGAGCAAGGUCCACCUAGAGGGCCUCCGGAGAGUCAAGAAGAACCCUGGCAGGAGGAACCGCCAGAAUACUGGGAAGAGGGAGAUCCAUACUGGAAUGAGAGGCACCCACCAAUGCAUCACAGGCCCCCAUUUCCUCCUGGAGGACCUAGACGCCCCCCUUUCCAGCCACGCUUUAUGCCUCAUGGCCCACGUCGUCCACCUCCACCAGGCAGUAUGGAACACGGCCCACGCGGACCUCCCCACAUGAAUCGUGAAUUUAUGGGACCUCGAUUCAGGCAUGGUCCUGGUCCUGGUCCCUGGGGGCCUCCGCCACGGCAUGAGAUGAUGGGACGAGGCAUGAGGCGACCACCUCCCCCUCAUGAAGUACUGGAGAGAGAAGCAAUGGGUGCACCAGGUUAUGAUGAAAUGGAAGGGGAGCCUGGUUGGCCUCCUCAUCCUCAUGGCAGAGAACCCAGGCGCCCUCCUAUGCCGCCUCAUGAAAUAAUAGACAGAGGCAUGAGAAGACCACCCAUGCGCCCCCCUCCAGUACCGAGAGAUAGAUGGAGAGGACCACAACCCCCCCACGAAGGCUCUCAGGAAGCCUAUGAGGAAGAAUAUGGCAAUCAGUACGGUCCAGAGGAUGAAGAAUAUCAAAGACCACCACCUGAUUACAGUCGUCGAGAUUACCCCGAGGAUGAGGAGUAUUAUCGCCACCCACGUGAGGAUUGGGAAAGAGAGCGACCAGACCGUGACUUUCCACAGCAUCCUUCGCAUGGCCCACCGGAGCGUUUUAGAGAGGAUUCCUGGCAUGAGGGAAGGGAGAGACCGUUACCAUUUGAGGAUGAGGAUCGAAUUAGAGCAGAACGAAGACCUGGGUAUGCUGAUAGUCCUCCUUAUCGAGACAGAGACAGGGAGCCCCCAUUCCAUUCACGCUCUGAUUGGGAAAGACCUCCACCUCCUCCACUACCAGAAAGGGUAUACCCUCCUCUUGAUGAACCUGGAUCCCUUUAUGAAAGGAACAGAGAGCCUCAUGCUCCUCCAGCUGGCAGUGCUCCUGAUCCACUUGAUCAGUCCUCUCCAGGAGCAGCAAAAGCUGUGCUCGCUCUUUCCCAAAGGCAGCAUGAGAUCAUUCUCAAAGCUGCCCAGGAGCUGAAAAUGAUAAGAGAGCUUCAGGAAAGUAAAAAGACUUUAGGAGAUACGUCAACAGAGUCUACUGGACUGGGAUCUGAGAUGGCUGCUGGUCUGCUGGGAUUAGAAAUCCCCCCUGAGGUUAAAAGUGCGCUUCAGGCUACCAACCUCCUCUCUGAAACUGGGCUGUCUAGAUCCUUGGAAACGGUUACAGAUUUCCUGCACGGCUCCUCAGCACCAGCUUCCACACUCAUUGCUAAAACAGUGGAUUAUGGUCAUGGUCACGAUCUGGGUGCCAAGGUGGAGAGAAUUUCAUAUGGGGAAAGGAUUGUUUUGAGGCCUGAUCCAGUUCCAUCUGAUAGAUAUGAAAAAGAACCUCUUGGACGUCGCGACCCAUACUACGAUAGAAGAAGUGAUGCCUAUGCGGACCCGCGAGAUUAUGGAAGAGAAUGGGACAGGGAAAGAGAGAGAGAGAGAGAAAGAGAAAGGGACAUUGUCCGAGAGAGGCCCCCUGGAGAUUAUGACCGAGAACGAUAUGAAAGGGAACGAUAUGAAAGAGAACGCAGCUCCCGAGAUGAGAGGCCUCCUUCAGGCCCUUCUCGUACAGGAUACAGGGAACGAGAGCGAGAUCUGCGAGAACACCCGGGGCGCAGUAGCCGGGAUCGGGAGCUUUAUAGCAGGCCAGGCUAUGAGAGGUCUUCAUAUGAAAGAAGCCUCGAGCGCUAUGACCAUGGACCUUCUGGCUAUGGAAGUGACAGGCGGAGUUAUCCUGAUGAACGGCCUCCGCCAGCAGCGCCCCUACCUGCUCCACCUCCCGUUCCACAGAGAGUGGAGAAGAAACCAGAGACCAAAAAUGUGGAAGACAUUUUAAAACCUCCUGGUCGAUCAAAUCGUCCAGACAGGGUUGUGAUUAUAAUGCGAGGCCUUCCAGGAAGUGGCAAAAGUCAUCUUGCUAAACUUAUCCGGGAUAAAGAGGUGGAGUACGGUGGUGCUCCCCCACGAGUGCUCGGCCUGGACGACUAUUUCAUGACUGAAGUUGAAAAAGAAGAACGGGACCCUGAUACAGGGAAACGUGUGAAGACCAAGGUUCUUGAAUACGAGUAUGAGCCAGAAAUGGAGGAUACAUACAGAAGCAGCAUGCUGAAAACUUUCAAGAAAACUCUGGAUGACGGUUUCUUUCCCUUCAUUAUCCUUGAUGCCAUAAAUGACAGAGUCAAAUAUUUUGAUCAGUUCUGGAGCGCUGCAAAGACCAAGGGUUUUGAGGUGUACGUGGCAGAAAUCUCUGCUGACCAUCAGGUGUGUUCUAAGAGAAACAUCCACGGACGGAAGCUAAAGGAUAUCACAAAGCUGGCAAAUGGCUGGGAGUCUGCACCUGUACACAUGAUCCGGCUGGACAUCCGCUCUUUACUGCAGGAUGCUGCGAUCGAAGAGGUGGAAAUGGAGGACUUCAACCCAUCAGAGCUGGAGGCCCAGGCCGGUGAGAAGAAGGAGGAUGAGGAGGAGUUUGAUAUGAUCACCAUGACCAGGUUUUUGGGAGGGGGAGAAGUGACAGGAGACCUAAAGCCUACGUUCACACAGCAGGGGUACCUUCCAAAAAGCAAAUGGGAGAUGGACACAUCCGAAGCUAAGCUCGACAAGCUGGAUGGUCUUGCUGGUGGAGGCAAAAGAAAGCGGGAUACAGACGUUUCGGGAAUCGAGGAUUUCCUUCAGCUUCCGGAUGACUACGCCAGUCGUAUGUCAGAGCCUGGCAAAAAGAGGGUGCGCUGGGCGGACCUGGAAGAGCAGAAGGACGCUGACAGGAAGCGCGCAAUUGGGUUUGUAGUGGGUCAGACAGACUGGGAGAAAAUCACGGAUGAAACAGGCCAGCUGGCUCAGAGAGCACUCAAUCGGACAAAGUACUUUUAGCAGUGGUGUGUUUUUUAUUACCCAAAAGGCUUCAGCUGGAGAAGUGAUGAGUUCCUGUUCUGUACAGCACCGCUGAGGUGAAAGAUGAAGAAAAACUCUGUCCAGCAGAAGCCUUUGGAGCAUAGUAAUGAGUCUAGUGUCUGCACUAGCUUUGGUAAAAUAUCCUGAAAUGUAUUAAGUCUGUAGUCUUAGCCUGGAUCUCAUAUUUUAGUUACUUUUUAUGCUUCUGUGUUGGUUCCUGCAGCGGUUAUGAUUUGAUCGUAGUUGAUAAACUGUUGGGCCUUUUUUUUUUAUUAAAUAUAUUCUACAGAAUACAUGUUUUCUUCUUUAAAACUGUACUGUAAGGUCACAAAUAUCACCAAUAAAUGUCACAUUAAACAGUCUUUAAAACAGCCUGCAUGAUGUUACUGGCUAAA